GAUUGCUGGGUUAGACUAGGAUUGAUUAAUAUAAACAUAAUUGUUUAUUAAUUAAAUUUAAUAAUCCCAACCACAACUAUGAAUCAUCACUCGUUAAUUUACUUCAGUUUCUCCUUUACACAUCUUCUUUCCAAUUCCUAGCUCCUUUACUUCAGUUUCUCUACUCCAAAACCAUAAAUUCAGAACAGUUAAUCUUUUCCGCAGCGGCUUUUCUUAGUGCAAGGUUGGAAUCCCGCUCAAUCCAGCUUGAAGUCAUCUAAAUCUGAUACUCUGCUCCAGAUUUCACUUUGCUUCUGCUUCAAACUCAUCAUCCUCCCCUCAUAGUUCACGUUCGUAUUGUGGGACUUUGCAAACGAAGAAUUAACUGUUAUCCAAUUUUGCUAAUCCACGUUGGUCUUAUUUUAAUUGGACGUGAAGAAUAGAAUGUCUUUCAACAGGGAAGGGGGAAAGAAUUAGUUUCUGUACAGGGACAACAGGGGAAUCAAGAAGAAAAGCAGCCGAAGAGAGACAAAGCUAAUUGACAUGGAGAGCAUUCAAGGUGGUGAAAGAUCUCUUGCUCAUGCCACAACUUCCACCCAACACAGUCUUCCAUCAAUGGAAGAGGAAGUAGUUGGUUUUGAGGAUGAUGCAAAAAACAUAAUUCAACAAUUGACUGGAGGAACAAAGGAACUAGACAUUAUCUCGAUCGUUGGAAUGCCAGGACUCGGCAAAACCACUUUGGCUAGAAAGGUGUUUAAUCAUUUUAUUGAUAAUAGACACUUUGAUGUUAGAGCAUGGUGCUCUAUUUCAAAAGAAUAUAGCUCGAUGAAGGUGUUCUCUGAGAUUCUUAAACAAGUUGUAGGCAGUAUGAAUGGUAUAAGAGAUGGAGACAUACCUCACGAGUUGCGAAAGAGUCUAAUGCGCAAGAGAUACCUCAUCGUGUUAGACGAUAUAUGGGAAGUUAAGGCAUGGGAAGAGUUGCGAUUAUCUUUCCCACAUGGUGAAGAUGGAAGCAGAGUAGUGGUAACAACUCGAGAUGAACAAGUGGUUAGGCAGCUUAAGCUCCACAGCGAUCCAUAUUUUCUUCGACUUCUCACAGAGGAUGAGAGCUGGGAAUUACUCCAGAAGAAAAUUUUUCAAGGAGAAAUUUGUCCACAAAAGCUACUCAAAGCAGGAUUGCGAGUUGCCAAAAACUGUAAAGGAUUACCACUUGUGAUUGUCUUGAUUGCUGGGAUUAUUUCAAAGAAAAGGCAAGCCUCUUUGUGGUUUAAGGUCGCAAAUGAUUUAAGUUCCCAUGCUUUAGAAGAUCAAAGCAUGAAGAUAAUAGAAUCAAGUUACAACCAUCUGGAAGAUCACUUAAAGGCUUGCCUUCUUUACAUGGGAUUGUUUCCAGAAGACUACAAUUUUCCAAUUUCUAUUUUACUUAAGUUGUGGAUAGCUGAAAAUUUUGUACAGAAUUCGGACACAGAUAACUUGGAGGAAGCAUCUACAAAUUUCUUGAAUGAUCUAGCGAGCAAAAGCCUUGUGAUGGUUUCUAAAAGGAGAGAUAAUGGUGAGAUAAAGUACUGCACUCUUCAUGAUGUAGUGCGUGAGUUUUGCUUGAGAAAAAUUGCAAAAGAAAAGUUUAUGCAGCUCAUAAUCCCGUAUAAUCCAGACCAAUCUUUAGGUGCAAAGGAACCUCGGUUAUGCAUGUAUGUUCAUGACGAUCUGGCCAAGCAGUUGGUGGAGCAUGAAUAUUCAUUGGAUAAAAUUCCAAUGUUGGCGGAGUUUAGUGAAGUAGGAUCAUUUGCUCAAUGUCAUGGUAGAUAUCUUGAGUUCAUUGCUCAUCCAAAACUCUAUAAAUGGAACCUGAGUUUGACAAAUCAUGUCCAUUUACUUGAUUGCAUUAGACAUAUUCGGGUGUUGGAUUUGUUGAAUGUCUACUUGAGUGGAAGUUCUUGGGCUAGGGCAAUGCAAGCAGUGACUCACUUGAGGUAUCUUGCAAUUCAUACCCAAGAAUUUCGUUUCCAGUGGGUAGAUCACCUACUCGAUCUACAAACUUUGCGGGUGGGGUGGCAACCUAUUGAAUUAGGAAGUAAGAUAUCCCCUGCUGGUCUUUGGAAAAUGCAGAAGCUAAGGCAUGUGGAUAUCAAGGAAAUUAAAUUCGCAUGGGAAAACAAUGAUCGGGCAAUUUUCGAAGAAUCUUCACAAACUGUGUUACCUAACUUGAAGUCUUUCGGGAAAUGCUGUAUAUAUUUGGCUGAUAUGACUCCGGAGUUCUGGUGGAGAUUUCCAAAUAUUGAACAACUCAAGCUCCUCAUUGUUGAACCGUUUGUACCUAAAUAUAAUAAGUUCCCCACACCAGAAUUUGAUAUGCCGAAUCUUGAAGAACUCCCACUUCAAUCUCUCGAAGUGGGAUUCUCAGACAAUAGUAACGCAGGGACACAGUUCUAUGGAAUCGGAAGGGGCGAUUACUGUCUUGUUUUCCCCUCAAAUCUGAAGGAUUUGUCUCUUUACAGCAUUAUCGUAACAGAAAAAGUUGUUUCAAAUAUUGCAAGACUGCGAAAUCUUGAGAGACUCAAACUACGUCGAAUACUCUUCCAGGAUGAAAAUAUCAGAUGUUGGGAUGUGGGUGAUUACAAGUUCCCAGCACUCAAAUAUUUGAAUUUAAGGGGUGUUUAUAUGGAUGAAUGGCGUUCCUCAGAGGCGUCCUUCCCCGUGCUUGAGAAAUUGGUUAUACGUCGUUGUGAGAAGCUUCAAGAGAUACCGUCUAGCUUCGCAGAUAUCCAAACACUGAAGUUGAUCAGAUUGAGUGGCUGCAUGAAGUCAGUUGAGGAUUCAGCACUGAACAUCAAAAAAGAAGUAGAAGAUAUGACUGGAUGUGACUCUCUCCAAGUUCAAGUUGAAUUUAAAAAUAGGCCUUAUGGAAUAAAAGAUCAUGAUUUACUAAUAUUUAACAAUUAUGUUAUGUGAAAUUUUAAAUUCUGCUUAUUCUGAAGUAGUUUCUUUUUAUGGGGGGUGUAUGUGAGGAGAAUAGCCGUUUUUGUUUGUUUAAUCUAUUCACAGAAUGAUUUUGAGUAUGGAAUUAUUAGAAAGGGCAGUUCAUCCAAAUACAAAAAAAGGGCAGUCUGGUACAUAAAGUUUCUACAUUAACCUAUGAUUACACUUGUCAAUUGACUCAACCUAGAUUCAAAGGAACCUCAGUUAUGCAUUGGUGCAGUAUGUAUAUUCAUUGGAUAAGAUUCCAACGACUUCAUUGCUCAUCCAACAUUCUGUCCAUGGGAUCAUGCUUAGAGAGAUCCCUUCUAGCUUUGUGGAUAUCCCAACACUGAUGUUGAUUGCCUGCAGUCUGAACGUUAAAAAGGAAGUACAAGAGACGACAGGAUGUAAAAGUCAUGUCUUGUAGAACCAAUAAAUCAUGAUAAGCUUUUGCAACAGCCUUCAUUAUCUGGCAUUUCGGGUCGAGGAGACAUCCAUACCAGCUAAACCAUUAAUGUCGUCUUCUUAUUUCUGUUCUUCACCAAAGCUACAUAGAUACAGAGACGCGCGAGAGCAAAUGUUUUGCUUUGUGGAUUGCUUGAUUCUGCAUUAUUGCCAGAUUAGCAAUUGCAUCAUCAUCUCUAAGCUAAUAUGUGUAGGAUUUCAUCCCUUUGAUUUUUCCACAUUCGAUUUCGCUACAGUUUACCUUGCCUAUAAUGUAACAUCACUAUAUGUAUAAUCACAGAGCAGGGAGAAUGUUGUAACUCAUUGAAUUACUUUCAAUAGUAAAUAAUUUCCAUUAGUUUCCUUUUA